AUGGCUGGCUCCGGCUGCAGCUCCCGGGUCCGGGUGAGCGCCGGCUGCUCCAGGGAUGGAUGCCGAGGGGAUGCGGGCGUGCUCAUUCCUCUUCCUCCCUCCCUCCCCAAGCUCCUAGAAGAUGACUUCCAGUUCACCCUUUGCGAGGGCUGCCGGCAGGAAUCACCCAACCUCAAGCUCCUCACCUGCCUCCACACCUUGUGCCCCGGUUGCCUGAGCAAAAACAAGCCCCUUGGGCAGUGCCCCGUGUGCCAGACAGCCAUCCCGCAGGCCAGUGACAUGCCCGACACAGACAACCUGCUCUUCGCCAGCCUGCAGGCCCGGCUCAAGGUCUACAAGAAGAUCGUUGAUGGAGUUGACUUGUUCUGCGACAACUGCAAGAAAGCCAGCGAGUUCUGGUGCUCUGAGUGCGAGGAGUUCCUCUGCACCAAGUGCUUCCAGACCCACCAGCGCUACCUGAAGAGGGAGAGCCAUGAAGCCAAGAGGGUGAUGGACAUCAGGGCAGGGUCUGCUAAGGACUUCAUCAAGGGCACCAGGAGGACCGGUCAUUUCUCCUGCUCCAACCCGACCCACAAGAGCCAGACUGUAAGCAUCUACUGCAGGAAGUGUGAGAAGCCCCUGUGCUGCUUGUGCGCGAUGCUGGACAGCCAGCAUGCCCCCUUCUGCGACAUCCACAGCGAGACCCAGCGCAGGCAGGAGGAGCUGGGCAUCAUGAGCCAGGAGCUGAAGCAGAAGAGAAGCAGCUUCGAGGCCACCUACGUGGCGCUGCAGGAUGAGGCCGUCCGGCUGGAGCAGGUGCAGCAGGAGAUGCGGGAGCUGAUCCGGCAGCGCGUGGAGCAGCUGGUGCGGCUGAUCCGGCAGGAGGAAGAGGAGCUGCUGGGGCUGGUGGAGGCGCAGCAGGAGCAGGGCCGGCAGGAGGUGGUGAGGGAGCUGCAGCGCGUGGAGGGGGUGCUGCGGCGGAUGGAGGCGGGCGAGCGGCUGGUGGAGAAGAUGAGCCUCUACGCCACGGAGCAGGAGGUGAUGGACAUGCAGCCCUUCAUCAAGGACUCGCUGGAGCAGCUGCAGCAGCUGCAGCCACCAGCGACCAGGGACCAAGCGCAGCCCGGGGACUUGGCCGAGUGCAGAGCCAGGCUGCAGGCGCUGGUGGAGCGUGUCACGGGGCACCCAGAAGCCACCCCAGCUCCAGCCACGGAAAACUCCCACCAGGUCUCCACCUCUGCAAAGAGGAAGAAAGUCCAAAAUGCGAAUGUCAUGACGUCGCCGGUGAAGGUGAUAAAAGUUGCAGGCAAUGACGACGGGUGGAAACGGAUGGUGCCAGAGCAGCCAAGCUGGUUGGACCAGCCUGGGACCAGCUGUUCGGUGUCCCCCAUGACUCUUGCCAGGGAGGACAACCUGCUGGAAGAAGUGCCAGAUGGCAACGAUAGGCUGCACGACUCAGAUAGUGAUAUUCUCUGCUUGGACAGCUGUGAGGAGGAGAGCACCGACGAGGAGUUGAUGGACCCCAGUCUGCUCGAUAACCUCAGCAAUAUCCUCGACAAGAGCUUUCCCAUCAGCAGCCAGGACACGCUGGACACGAGACAAGGGUCCCUGGUCUUCUUUGACGUGAAGAUUUCGAAAAAUGAAACCAUUCAGAUGACGGUGGUAGAUGGAGAGAAAAUAUUCCCAGUCCUGAUUCAUCCAGUGAAAUAUUUGCCCACCCUGAUGGCCAACAAUAGGGUCUACGAGAUCGGUCUGAGGAAUCUGCUGUGCCACCUCAACACUGUCCACAGGCCCAUCCUGUGUGGCUUUGGUCUCUGGUCACUCCCCUUUCCCACCCUCUUGAAAGCGCUGAUGGUCAUGAACAAGAAGGAGGAGUUCAGCUCUGUUGUGUACGGCUUCCUGGACAUUUUGCCCCUGGUUAGGGAGGAGGUCCCUGAGAGGGAUAACUACAAGCUGAAGAACUUGGCCAGCACUUACCUCUGGUGGCACUUCGGUGACAGCAGCGCCAUGGAGAACGCCAACAUCGUGAAGUACCUGUGCGAGGUCCUGGAUGUCAACCCGGUGAAGAAACCCAGGCUGAUCCUCAGUCAAACCAGCCUGGACUCCUUCAUCUCUCUUCAGCCCUUGGUGGACGAGAAGCUCCUCACCAAGCCAUCAGCCCAAACAUUGGCCACCCAAAACAUCGGCCUUGCUACGCUCUGGUUGCUCUACCAGCAGAACGGCGAGAAGGGGCUCCAGGAAUUGUGCUAUCUCAUCAACACUCACCGGCAGAGGUCCCAGAAGAGAGUCCAAAACCUGAGCAAGGUCAAGGUGUUCUUCCAGCGCCAGGAGCAGUUGGCUGCAAGCCACGAGACCUCGGCAGGCAGCCAUUUCCCAGGAGCCAUAAAGAGCAAGGAAAAGUGUUGA